UAACCUAAAAUAUAGAAAUUUAAUGUUAAUAAUAUUUAAAAAUGGAAUUAAACGAGAAAAUAUUGCAAUGUUUAGAAAAAUCAGACAAAUUAGAUACCAUACAAUUAGCAAAAGAAUUCAAUGAAGAUCACCAGAAAAUUGUAGGCGCUGUGAAAAGCUUGGAAGCCCUCGAUAUGGUAACUUCUGAGCCGGCCAAGAGUACAAAAUGGGAGCUCACUGAAGAAGGGAAGUUGGUUGCCGAGAAGGGCAGCCAUGAAGCCGUGUUGUAUAAAAGUAUACCGAGUGAAGGUAUAGCGCAGGCUGAAGUUAUGAAGACUAUACCUAAUGCUAAGGUCGGCUUUAGUAAAGCCAUGUCCUUGGGUUGGAUUGUUAUUGACAAGUCUGGUGGAACCCCCUUGGUCAAACGGAAAGUUGAUAACAUUACCGAUAAGGUUCAAUUAGACUUAAAUGAGAUCAAGAAGGGCAUAGACAAUCUGGCGGACAAUGUGAGAAGCGACUACAAAAAGAGGAAACUACUCCAAGAGAUUGUUAUAAAAAGUUUCAUUCUACUGAAGGGACCACAGUUUGCGACAUCAAUAAAAAAACUAGAAACUGAUUUAACUAGUGAGAUGCUUUUAACAGGCUCUUGGAAAGAGUUAGAAUUCAAGCCAUAUAACUUUGAUGCCUUAGGUCAACCCCCUGAAUGUGGUCAUCUUCAUCCAUUGCUGAAAGUGAGAUCAGAGUUCCGGGAAAUCUUCCUCGAGAUGGGCUUCCAAGAGAUGCCUACUAACCAGUAUGUGGAGAGUUCCUUCUGGAACUUUGACGCGCUGUUCCAACCACAACAGCAUCCGGCCAGAGACGCUCACGACACCUUCUUUAUCUCAUCUCCAGCUACGUCCACCAAAUUCCCUAUGGACUAUUUAGAAAGAGUUAAGAAAGUCCACAGCAAAGGUGGUUACGGCUCACAGGGUUACAGAUACGACUGGAAGAUAGAGGAAGCUCAGAAGAACCUACUCCGUACGCACACGACGGCGGUUUCCGCGCGAAUGUUGUACAAAGUCGCGCAGCAGGAGACAUUCACGCCGCAGAAGUUCUUCAGCAUUGACAAGGUGUUCCGCAACGAGACGUUGGACGCGACGCAUCUGGCGGAGUUCCAGCAGGUGGAGGGGCUGGUGGCGGACCGCGGGCUGGGCCUUGCCGACCUGCUGGCCCAGCUCGACCACUUCUUCCGCCGUCUGGGCUUCCGCCGCCUGCAGUUCAAGCCCGCAUACAACCCCUACACUGAACCCAGCAUGGAGAUCUUCGCCUAUCAUGACGGUCUAGGCAAGUGGAUCGAGAUCGGAAACUCCGGCAUCUUCCGGCCGGAGAUGCUGCUGCCGAUGGGCCUGCCGCCGGACGUGCGGGUGAUGGCCUGGGGCCUGUCCCUCGAGCGGCCCACCAUGAUCAAGUACGGCCUCACCAACAUCCGCGACCUCGUCGGGCCCAGGGUCGACCUGCGCAUGGUCCAGAACAACCCCCUGUGCCGGCUCAAUAAAUAAAUUAUUUAUCU